CGGCUUGUGAUUCGUACGCGACGCGGCGGACGUCUCCGGCUAUUUGAACAGUUUAACCCACAACAUGGAUAUCAGACCAAAUCACACAAUUUAUAUCAACAAUAUGAAUGACAAAAUUAAAAAGGAAGAAUUGAAGAGAUCCCUUUAUGCCCUGUUUUCUCAGUUUGGCCACGUCGUAGAUAUUGUAGCUCUAAAGACCAUGAAGAUGAGGGGGCAAGCUUUUGUUAUAUUUAAGGAACUGGGCUCAUCCACAAAUGCCUUGAGACAGUUACAAGGAUUUCCAUUUUAUGGCAAACCGAUGCGAAUCCAGUAUGCAAAAACAGAUUCUGAUAUAAUAUCUAAAAUGCGUGGCACUUUUGCUGACAAAGAAAAGAAAAAAGAAAAGAAAAAAGCCAAAACUGUGGAACAGACUGCAACAACCAUGAACAAAAAACCUGGUCAGGGAACACCAAAUUCAGCUAAUACCCAAGGAAAUGCAGCACCAAAUCCUCAGGUCCGUGAUUACCCUCCAAACUAUAUUUUAUUCCUUAAUAAUUUACCAGAAGAGACUAAUGAGAUGAUGUUAUCCAUGCUGUUUAAUCAAUUCCCUGGUUUCAAGGAAGUACGUUUGGUACCUGGGAGGCAUGACAUUGCUUUUGUUGAAUUUGAAAACGAUGGACAGGCUGGAGCUGCCAGGGAUGCUUUACAGGGAUUUAAGAUCACACCAUCCCAUGCCAUGAAGAUCACCUAUGCCAAGAAAUGAGAUUCGGGAUAGCUGCCUUUAAAGGACUUGGUGUUACGUAUAGUUUUCGUUUUGAUAACAUUUGGUCAGGCCAUUUUAAUAGUUGGGGGUAGGGGAAAGUGUAUGUGAAAUUUUUGUAAAGGAUUUAAAACAUUACCUAGUAUUUGUUUAGUCUUAG